AUGGACGAAGACUUGGCUGAAGGGGAUGAUGUUUUGAUUGAGCAGGAGGAGCCAACGGAAGAGGAUGUUCUUAAAUAUGCAGAAUUUUUAGGAAUUGACCCUCAAUUAGAACCAGAAUUAUUGGACAUUGCAAGAGAGGGUAUAAAGGCACCACUUCCGGAAGGAUGGAGGCCAUGCCAAAGUGAUGGUCAACUCUAUUACUUUAAUUUUCACACUGGAGAGUCGAUAUGGGAUCAUCCAUUAGAUGCGUAUUACAAGCAAAAAGUCAAGGAAGAGAGAAUGAAGAGAGCAACAAAAAAACCCAAACUGAAAACAAAAAAGAAGCAAUUAGGAAAAUUAGAACCGAUCAUGAGGCAAUCAGAUGGAGAUUUAUUGUCUAAAAAAAAGCUUAAUGAUGAGAGCAGCUCCGUGUCGAGUGCAUCUUCACGAAACACGUCGCCUAUUGAGUUGCAAAAACUUCAAGAGAAAAUAUCAUCAUUGGAACAGCAACUUGAAUCUUCAACUAAGGAAAAACUUGAACUGCAAAGAAAAAUCAACACGUUACACGUGGUUAAUGAGCAAAUUGAAGCAGAAUUACUGGAACAAAAAUCAAGAUUGGACAAAGAAUUUUCAAAGAAGUUAGAAAAAGCCCUUGCCGAAAAAGAGGAGGAGCUCACUAACAAACACAAACAACAAGUUCAAGAUAUGUUUAUCGAGAACAGAAAACAAAUUGCUCUUGCCAGACAAGAAGCAGAUGAACUUUAUGAGGAGAACAUGAAACUCAAAACAAAUCAAUCACUUCAAAAAGAGAGAAUUUCAAAGGAAACACAAACUGAUUUUGACAAUUUCAUUAGAAACAGCACUGAUACUUUUGCGGUACAGACAGACAUUUGUUUGCAAACACAGAGAACUGAACCUGCUGCUAUGAAAUUAAAUCCAACCAGAACAUCAUCUGCUCAAACAGAUUCUCCCAAAUUAAUACCUAUGGAAUCACAGACGUUGAAAGUAGAGUUGGCCUCAACGGGGUGCAACACUUGGAAAAGUAUGACCCUUAAAGAUUCUGCCUCACAAACAACUGAAGCUGUUCCCAUUCAAAAAGAUGUUCAGCAAUUAAAACCUCGAUCAGUGAGCCAGUGUUGUCAGACCACCCUGCUACAAACACGAGAAACAACUUCUCAAACAGAUGGACAAAUUCCAUCAACUGAAAUGGGGAUACAGUGUGAACCAAAAGACAGAUCUCCAAUCAACAAGAGCAACACAGUUAAAACACCUCUUAAACCAAUUCUUGUCAAGAGCAAGAAUGGGGACACUCCCAAGAUUGAUAGUCCUGUUCUAAGUCCUAUUCUAAUGAAAGAAAACACAUCUCCUCAAAUAAGCAAGAAGCAUAGUUCUGAAUACUAUCUCUAUAAGGAAAAGGUGGAAAAGAAAAUUUCAGAUGAAAAAGCAAAGCUUAGAAAGGUUAAAGAAUUUUGUGAACAGGAGAAAGAAACUAUUCGAUCUCGUCAAGCAGCUCUUGAACAAGCAAGACAAGAAUGGAAAUCAGAUGUCGCUAACUCUAGCUCUGUCGAUGAUGGAUCACAACAAUACACAAGUAGAAUUUUAAAAAGUGUUAAACAGCAUCUGGAAAAACAAGCUCACAGUCUCAAUAAUGAUGUGAAACGAGUGAAUGAGAUUCAAAACUUGAUCAAAUUAAGGAAGCAAAAGAUCAAGUUAUUGGAGGAGAGCAUUUCCGACCCUAACCAUUUCGAAGUUUCAAAAUGCGAUACUUUGGAUUCACCACUCAGUAUUUCAAGUCCAAGCACAAGUAGCAGCAGCUCAUCUCUAGAUUUUGGAAAAAAGAACCUUGUUGCUGUGCUCAACAGAAUCGAAGAUGAAUUAGCACAAAUUCACAAGAAAAUUGAAACUCAAAAUAAGCAGUCUCUUGAAAUUGAAAAGAUCAAGCCGUUGAUCGAGAUUGAUGACAAUGUCACUCUAAAUGAGGCAAGCUAUCAGAGCUCAAUAUUUCAGAAAUGGACUUCUUAUUUUAAGCAAACAGAAAAGAGAAGAAGGAUACUCCAACAAAAGAUCAACGCGUUCCAACAUCAACUUGACAAGUGGAUUGCUGAGCGAGACCAUAAGCGAGAUUUAUUUUUGCGUCAUGGGCAUUGGUUGUUGUCCUUGAAAGAAGAGUUGCGAUAG